AUGAAAGCACCCACGCAGAAAAAGAGGCAGCAGGUGGUCCGUGGAUUGCACGCUGCAGAGCGGGUAGAGCGCGAACGUGAACAAGAGCGCAGGGCGCACCGCGGGAGGACAUACACGACCCCCCGCCAGGGCCAAGCCGUUGUGACGAACGGCGCGCGAUCGGCGGUAGCGGCCGCGCCUCUCACCGAAGAUGAGCUGCGCGGAGCCCGGAUCCGUCGCGAUAGGACCGACAAGUACGAGCGGAAGCUCGCGAGGGAGGAGGCCGAGCGUCGGGCGAAAGCGGAGAGGGACGCUCCCAUCCAGCGGAAGCUAGAGAGGGCUCGCAGAGCCCAGGAAAAGCUCGAGGCGAAGGAGAGUCGGCAAGCGACGAAGCUCAAGCAGACCGUGCGCUCCUCGUGGCAGCAGCGUUCGCUUGACAAUAACAACGACAAACCCUUGGGCGGCACCGACACCGACAACGCGAACGGUGACGUCGCCGACAGCGAUUUCGAGUCGCGGCAGUUCGAGGCGGCCGUGCGAAAGAGCCUCGCCGACCUGGAGAACGGAGAAGGGGGCGCCCCCCCCGCCCCCCCCGCCGCUCUUCCUCGUGCAACACCCGCAUACGCGAUUCAGACGCCUCCUCAUGUCGAAACCCUCCACGGGACACCCCGUGCCUUUGGCAACCGAGAAAUCGCCGAGUAUUGGGAUCCAGUCCUUGACGGGCCCAUCCCGGCCGGACUCACCGACAACGCCGGCGUUGCCGCCGAUGCGGGGGCGGAGAACCGUGAGUGGGACGCCGUUCUGGCGGAGGCGCUUUCGGUUGUGGAGUUCGAUGUGUCUGACGAAAUCCCGGCCGGGGCGAACCGGGAGGAGUUCCGCCGCACCCUCAUCGUGCUGCUACGAAACAUUCUGGCAGGAAACGAACGCCGCAGGAGGGUGCGGAACGAUAACGUCGUAUUUCAAGAAAACAUCGGCAGGUGGGCCUGUGGCCGCCAGCUGAUGCGCAUGGCGGGCUUUACCAUGGAACGGGAGUCUUCUUCCCGGGAUGAUGGUGGCGACGCGGAUUGGGGAGUCAACGAGCAGAGGGGGUCCUACGUGUGGGUCGCGCGCGAGCGUAGGUCGAGAGGGCGCCUCGCCAUGGUUCAGGGGCUGGUGGAAGCAUUGGAGGGCCAGGGUACGACGGCCACGGAAGACGACAGGCGUGGAAGAGCAGCAGAAGAUGACGAAGCAGCAGCAGCAGCAGCAGCAGGAUGGCGGCCGCCGCCGCCCUCUGCCCGUCAGGACCCCGGUGAACCUCUGGCCAGGACGGGGUGGUACGCUUUCGCGGCGACAGGAUCUCGCGCGGCUCUUCCACCUCCGCUGCGUCUGAGCCCGGCCGUGGAAGCGGACGACGACUUUUCUCGCGUCCGGCGGGAGCAGGAUGAGGCGUUCGAAGAGGCCCUGCGCCGAGACAGGGAGGCACCGGCCUCGAGAAAAACCAAGGCUCCCGCUUUCGGCGACGACGAUACGCAGCACGUCGGCGAGAACGACAACCGGCAAGAAGAAAGCCAGGGUCCUCCUCCCGAGGCCGAGGGAGACGAGGACGUCGGCGGAGGACGGAGCCUCGGAGGCAUCGGUGUUGGGCACGGGGAUGGCUCGACGGAUCCCCCCCCUGCUGAGGAGACUACAGAGCAAAGGCGGGCGAAGAUCGCGCUAAGCUACGCCAGGCUCGGGCUCGGGUCGUGACUCUCGUCAUGUUUGCUUCUCGUCGGUGUCGUCGGUGUUUACCCGGUCUUUGAAGUGGUUUAUCUGCACCAGCCGGGUAGUUGACACAGCCCUGACCUGCAUUCCUGAUUGCUCCGUUUCAAUAUUAUUUCGUGAUUUUUAAUGCGGUGCCUCCGUGGCAUAGGUGGUCAUAUACUUCUAUCUCGAGGGCUUUGAUUGCGACCCCCGAAAUCCAUGCAGCCACGCGAGGUGCUUGCUUUGCCAGGUAUGCAUGCCGAGUUCGGUCUGUAGUUUAGAAGGGUAUUAACUCGGCGUUGUCGGAGGUCGGAGGUUUUGGUUUGCACGGUUUCAUCAUGUCUACAAAAAGUAGAAGCGUAACCCCUUUUCAUCGUGCCCCCACUGGCGCGCGAGUGUGCCACCCGUCGGUGUGGGAGAGUACAAGUGUAUGAAUUAGUUUACCGAUAGACAACAAGCAGUCAAGCAUUCGCUAUUUGGUCCUUCAAGCGUUUCGUUGGUCUGCUUUCUCUGCGAGCGCUUCAAGUGUGAUCGACCAUUGGUUGGCGGGGGGGGGGAUCGACCAAGUUUCCC